CAUCAGAUGUACUCUGUACGUCUCAUCCAGUGUGAGAUGUGAGAUUCUGUUUAAGUCCAGAUCACCAUAUGCUUUCUCCUUCCCAUACACCUGCUGCUGUCCGAAGUUCUGCCGGUAUAUACCGCUUUCUUUCUCUUUUUGAAAGUCAGACGGAUUAACAAUUGGUCCGUUUACCGAGUCCGACGGACUGCAGCCAUACAUUUUAGAUGGUAAGCACUCAUUCUACCGACUACGAGUCUAUAGAUAUCAAUGCCAUCCUCCUUAGUGUAAUUUAGAUUCCUCGCCUAUAGCCUUGUGCAGUCCGGAUAAUCGACUAACCGACUUCCCCGAAGCGGAGUGUAACCGCUUCAUUGGUUAUCCGUUUUGAAGCGGGUUCUCUCGGAUCGUAGCUCAAAGGGAAAUCGGGAGUCGAUUAUUCCGGACUAACGAGGUCUAUAUGGAGAGGACUAACUUGACGAAAGAUGUGUAUUGCCUAACGAACGUACAUGCGCGUACACAGCUGAUUGAGUGCUUAAUCUACAAUAUAUGUGCACACGUCGACUGUAUCGUUGCUUAUUCUGGUCUUCCUACUGUUUAUAUGCCUCGUGAUCCAGAAUCACAUUGAGCA